CCCGCUUGCUACAAGUACGGUGUGCCUGGAUGUCCAAGGGACUACAAUCCAGUCUGCGGGACAGAUGGAGAGACCUACUCGAAUGAGUGUGUGCUCUGCCUUUCAAACAGUGAAAAUAGAAAGGAUGUCCAAAUUUUCAAGAUGGGAAGAUGCUGA